AGCACAUGCUAAAGACUCUUCUUUCCAAAACAGGCUAAUUACGAGUAACCUGUGUGCACAGCUGAAAGCCUUGGGAGGAAUUUGGCAGGAUGAAGCCUGUCAUUGUGGUGCAUGGUGGAGCUGGCCGGAUCUUUAAAGAACGAGAAGAGGGAUGUCGUGUUGGUGUUGUUAGAGCUGCCCUGCGAGGUUAUGGUAUCCUUAAACAGGGAGGCAGUGCCUUAGAUGCAGUUGAGGAGGCAGUACGAUUGAUGGAAGAUGACCCUCAUUUUAAUGCAGGCUGUGGAUCUGUUCUAAAUGAAAAAGGUGAAGUAGAAAUGGACGCCAUUAUCAUGAAUGGAAAAAAUUUAGACUCUGGAGCAGUAUCUGCAGUUAAAUGUAUAGCAAACCCGAUAAAACUGGCUCGGCUUGUCAUGGAAAAGACAAAGCACAUGCUGCUGACUGACCAUGGUGCACACGUGUUUGCUCAGGCCAUGGGUAUACCUGAGACUCCUGGGGAGAAACUCAUAACCGAGAGAUCCCGGGAGAGAUGGAAGAAGAACCUCGAGCCAGAUUCCAACCCUGAAGAGUUUCAGAAAGACCUUGGAACAGUUGGUGCUGUUGCUAUAGACAGUGAAGGAAAUGUAGCUUGUGCAACAUCCACUGGAGGACUCUCUAAUAAACUGAUUGGCCGUGUUGGUGACACAGCAUGCAUAGGAAGUGGAGGUUAUGCUGAUAACAGUUCUGGUGCCACUUCAACCACAGGACAUGGGGAGAGCAUUAUGAAAGUGGUCUUAGCCCGACUGAUCCUCUAUCACAUGGAGCAAGGAAUGUCACCAGAGAUGGCUGCUGACACUGCAUUAGACUACAUGAAGACACGAGUUGGGGGCUUGGGGGGUGUCAUUGUUGUUAACAAUUCAGGAGAGUGGGCAGCAAGGUUCUCCACCAAGCAGAUGUCCUGGGCUACUGUAAAAGAUGACCAGCUGCAUUACGGGAUUUGUCCUGGGGAGAGGCAUACAAAAUCUGUUGAUGAAGCACUUGCAUCUGAAAGUGAGGGAUUCUGAGAAUGAAGAAACAUCGACUGAGGAAGACUGAAGAUCUCCAGUUUUUGCUGGAGGGCAAUAAUAGUUGAUCUCAUCUUUCUCAAAGAUCUGUACUCUUUUGAUUGGUUCACAGGCAU